CAGAUUACACAGCGCAUUUUAAAAUGUCUUCUGCGCUGGCCAUCUCGGGCAGAGGCUUCAACCCAUUUGGUCGCGCGUGGGCCGCUUACGAGCGAUCACUCCGCAAGCACCCAGUGUUAACGCAGGCUGCGUCUUCAGCGCUGCUAUGGGGCCUUGGAGACGCUAUGGCGCAACGCAUUGAAAAUCGUGGACGCGGUGGCAUUGACGCGCGGCGAGUUGCGCUCACUGCUGCGUUUGGCGGAGCUGUAAUCGGGCCGGCCGGUCAUGGUUGGUACCUUCUUCUCGAACGGCUGGUGCUGAAGCUCGGAUUGGCAUGCAGUUUAAAAUCCAUGCUCCUCAAGGUUACCGUGGACAAUCUUCUAUACUCACCCUGCUACGUUCUGGCCUUCUUCGCCUAUGGCUGCAUGGCCAUCGACGGGCUAAGCCCCGCGGUCUUCGCGGAAAAAAUGCGGGAGGAAUUUGUGCCUACGAUGCUGGCGGAAGCUAUGCUCUGGCCGCCGUACAUGGCCUUUGUCUUCAGCCGCGUUCCGGUCAAGCACCAACUGUUGGCUGUUAACGUUGCGACGCUGUUUGACGUUUGCUUCCUCAGCUGGGUGCGCACGAAGGACGAAGCUGAGCUGGCGCCGCAGCAGCGCUCUCAAGAGCAGCAGCAGCAGUUGCCGCUGCUGGCUGCUACGCAUCAGAAACGAGAAGCGCAAGCCCAAGAACAACAGCAGCAGCAGCAGGGCAGGGACAUGAGGAACGUACUCACAAAAAACAGAGAGCACAAAGAAGCAGCUCUACAAGAACAACAGUUGCUCGCGGCCGAUCGUCUAUACGGCGACGCUGGUGUCGCAAGGGAUUUCGCAGCGGCGGCGUUCUGGCCAUGGGACGCGCCCGGAGAUGAUCAUCUGAGCCGCAUGCCGCUUCUGACGGCCAGUGCAACGUGCUGUGCUGCAGGAGGAGGUGGUUUCUUGGGCCUUCGAUCGGCCCAGCUGAAUGGGGCCACGACAGGCACAGCAGUAGCAGCAGCAGCUUCGGUGCCGACACGCUAG